UAACUCUCAUCCACCUUCAUCUAUACCGGCGACAGUCAGCUUGUGGUUGCGCCAGCAUGGACAUCACCACUUUCGUGGUUUCGGCUAGAAACCAAGCAUUGUUGUAUGGUGAUUACAGUACGUAUCACAAACAGUUAGUCAAGAAGCUACACAAUUGUCGAAAAAGGUUGAAUAUCGUCACCAAGAAUCGCGGCAAGUUCAGUAAGAAGGACACUAUCACAACCGAGAAGCUCGCGGAAAACCAUGAGUUUCUUCAUCUCCAAUUAUUGACGGCCGAGCGUGCUUGGGCGCAUGCGAUGAGAUUUAAAGCCGUCCAUUCCGCCGACACCAAGGGCAUCACAGGAAGAACACGCUCCCACAUAAUAUCGAGAUUAGAUAAAGGAGCUCGAGCCGCCGAAGAUCUCGCCAACGUCUUAUCUGAUAGUUCUACAAGUGGCGCCAGCGACACGGAUAUCCUAGAAGCACGUGCGUAUGCUUCCAUGAUACGGGGUGCGACGCAAUUUGAGAAACAGAGCUGGGAAGCUUGUCUACGAAGUUACGCCACAGCUCGUAUCAUAUAUACCGCUCUUACCACGACAAUCAAAGGGGAUAUCUUUAAAGAUCUACUAUCAGAAACUAUCGACCCAUCUAUUCGAUAUGCCGCCUAUCAAUCCAAGGUUCCAAGAACUUUGGCGAUACCAACUAUAGCUAGAAAAGCUUUUCCCUCUUCCGACUCUUCCUUGGUUGAACAGAUCAACAAAUUGGCCCCGGAUUUGCUAAAGACAAGUGAUUCGGAUGCUCAGCAAGGCCAAGUAGGCGCCCCAAACGCACCACAGACCAUUACGUGGAGAUCUCGAGAAGUGAAGAUCGAAGAUGCAGCUAUCGCAAUAGCACUGGCUUCGACCGAUACGGCUACUUCUAGACUGGCGGAGAAGCUUUCGUCAUCCGAUAUUAUACUUCCGAAGGAAAUGUCUGCAGCAUACGACGAAGUGCUUAUAGCUAGCCAAGAUGCAGCAGAUGCCACCAAACGUGUUAUUGACGAGCUCAAGGAAGAAGGCGUGUCGCAGAAUGACCCCCGAGUACAGAGUUUACAAAUAACCCGCACAGCCGUCAACUACCAGAUGAUUAGUUGGAGAAUUGGUCGCAAUCGGGUAUUGAGCGGAGAGCACGACGGAGCCUUGUUAGAUUCAGCACCGACAACUACCCGAAAAUCUAAGAAAGAAGCCACCGCUCGGAAGCCCAAGAUAGAGCCUAUCGGUAGAAAGAUUUCUCGACUUAAAGAUAAAGUCGUGCUUUACGAUUCUACGAUACAGAGCAUCGAUUCGAUUAAAGAGUUACCUGGUGUUGCGGCUGACGAAAGUCUUCUAGAACAAUUAAAUGCGACCGCAAAGUAUUUCCAUGCUCUAAAGUCUCUCUCUAUUGCGCGGUCGCAUUCGUUAACUGACCAAUCACUCAAUGCAUUAGUUCUUACCAAACAUGCAUUUGACGAGUGUGAACAGGCUGUGGCGUUUUUCUCCAAACACGAAACCUCUUCUUCAGAGACUUCUCCCCGCAACAUUGAAAUUCGGCAGCCCGAUAUUCAAUUCUUGCACAAUCUCUUACGAGGGGAGCUUCAACGAUGCCGCGCAAUUGUUGAAAUAGACAAUCUGCGAAAGAAGGCAGCAAAUACAACUCCCGCAUCAGCGAGGAUUCCCUUGGUGCAACGAUUACAUGAAUACCCUGCAGAAGGUGUAGAUUUGACACGUCUAGUGGACUUCCCGCCCAAGGUCGACCCAAUUCCGGUGAAACCUCUCUUCUUCGAUGUUGCCUGGAAUUACAUUGAAUAUCCCGGCAAGACCCCGGCCGCUGCCCCGGAGCCCGAAGAGCAAUCAGCUCAACAAGCAGCUCAACCGCAGAAGAAAGGAUGGUUUGGGUUUGGAAGAUAGUAACCCAUCGCCCAACUAUGAGCUGUCCAUUCUACGUAAAACAGAUAGCAAAUCGGAAUUUUACAAGCUGCGA